AUGGAGUCGGAAAGCGCCAAAGUCAUAGAGGGAAGAUCCAAAGUCAGCAUGCUCUUGAAUGCUUUGGUUUUCACAAUGUGCGUUUCGAUCUACUCGGAGGGAUUCGCUACAAGUGUAGAGAUGCGGCUAGCUCUCACUGAUCUCUAUAAGGCAAACGAGACGGUGAUCUUCGUCAACACUUUCCAAAACAGAUUCUGCGUGGGCGAGAUUUUUCACGUCUCUACCUUCAUCGGCUACUAUUUUAUCCCAGCGGAUCUAACGAGAGUGGCCGUGAUCGCGGAUGGAGUUUCCAUCGCCGUCGGAAGCACAGUACUGGUCGUUCUCGCCGCUUUCCUGGACGCCGGCCUCGCUUACUAUGUCACCUUCCUCUUUUCCAUCGCGGUUGGAGUCUACGGCAUAAUCUUCACAUAUGGGAGACUCGACGAUAUUCAAUGCGCUGAUGAUGCGAAGACCAAACCGGCGGAUAAAGCACCGACGAUCAAUUCUGACGCGGCGUCUCUCAUGGAUGUUGAAUUAGUGGAUAUGUCUCGAGGGGUUGAUGAGUAUUGCCGCCCAAUUCUGACGACAAGGUACUGGGUGGCGUUUAAGAUCAACAUAACGCGGUCGAUGGAAUGGAAAACGAGAACAGUGAGUGACGGCGGCGCGUAUUUCUUAACCUUUUGUUUUUAUUUUUAUUUUAUUGUUUUGUUUGUGUCAUCAUCAUCCUCGUCUCGUAGUAUCACCACCGUAGUUCUUUUUUAG